UUGUAAUAAAUUAAAUAAAUGCAAGCAAUACAGUGAGACGAAGAUAUAUCGUAUAUACACUACAUACACUUCAAACCAAGCUUUAAAAAGAAGUAGGAAAGUGCAGUAAAUAGAAGUGUAAGAAAAGUCAAGAAAUGGACAAAUCCUUCUCAGGAACGGAGUCGAAAUAAUUCAGAGGUACGAGGAACCACUAAUUUGGGAACAGCUCCAAAUCGUCCUCAAUCACGCCGUGGGUCCCCAGAAAUCUUCAGACAGACAAGAUGAGGGCAGCAUCAAUGAUCCUGGUGACGUUGCUUUCCAUGGGAAUGUUAUACAACCUGGUGACAUCAAGCGUCGACGGUGUCUACAACGUGAUGAGAACCACCAUCUUCACUGGGAAGGUCAUGCCACUACAGUACAUCAAGCACAAUGUCACAGUUGAGAAGCCCUGUCAGUGUAGAAACUUUUGCCAAUUGGUCAUUAACUGCACGAGCACCACGUGGCUCAGGAUGGCGGAAAGCAACGCAUCGCGAUGCCUCAUCUCUGUGACCUACUUUGGCCAUUUGGAACUGCAAGAACCAGGCCAAGGGAUUUCCUCUGCCACGACUUUCUACUGGUUCAAGCCUGAUUACACACGGGGCCAAUACGGAUUCUACAAGGAGCAUUGCUCGGUGGUUAGGAACUUCUCUGCAGCUCUGAACAUCUGCAAGGCUGAAGGAGGGCAGCUGGCUACUCUGGAAACCAUCCCAAAGCUUAAAGAAGUGACGCCUCCCCUCCGUCAGAUUAAGGGAGUAACGAGAUACUGGAUCGGACUCUACCGAGAGGGCCCCACAGCAAAUCCAGUGUGGAUGAAUAUCAAUGGAAACAUGUCAGUGACCUCAGGCACCAUAACUGCGAAAGGGAGUGAGAACUGUUAUUCAUUGUUCAAAUGGGAUUCCUGGAUUGUUGAGGACCACAUCUGUAACGAUGGACUGUGCUUUGUGUGCGAAAGAAACUUCUAUUAGUCCGAAGAACCACCUGUGUGAUGCUGUAACAACCUAGACCCAUGCUGCGAUUAACCUAGAACCCAACUGUGAUGCUGAUUUCUACCGGAAACCUUCUGUCUCAUUAUCGUCUUGCCCAAUAAGUCUCGACUUAAUAGUGUUGUUUUAAUUCAGAAUUGAGUGUGUUGUCCCACCCACUUAACUUAAUAAUGUUUGUUUCAGUUCAUGAUUGAAUACAGGGCUACAUUUUUUUUUUUACUGUAGUUACAACAGUGUGUGUAGUUGUCUAAAGCCAACCGCAGUGUUGUGUAAAUUAUAAUAGUGUUUUCACUGUGUGAUCGUUUCACUAGAGUUUUUAACAGUCUAAGUGUGUGUUUUAUUUCCAGUUAAUUACAGAGUGGCUCUCAUCCUAAGCUAAAUAUAAUCUCUGAUCCCUAUUUCACUAUAAGUUCACUUUUAAAACGCGUGCCAUCACCCUGGUUUAUAACUAGGCCUAGUGCUGUGUGACCUCUCCUUAAACAAAUGCACAGUUUUUUUUCUAGUCAUAUAGAGUUGUCGUUACCUAGAAUUAAAUGUAUAUCAUAUUUUAAAUAAAAUCUAAAGCAAUUGUGUGGUAUUGCCAAGCAUGGUUUGUUUCCUGUGACAAGCAAAGAUUGUAGUAUAAGCCUUCAUGUUCAGUUUUCCAAGUUAUUAGUCAUUAUUAAAAGAAUGUAUACAUUAAUCAAUGGUUGAUGAAACAUAACUGUUUGUUUGUGUACAUUUGAUUUUAAUGUGACAAUAUACGUACACAUAGACACACUUUUU